AUGAUUCAACCCGCUGUGGCCUCGUUGUCGUUAGGUGAUCCUAGUGUCCACGACAUCGCGUCAAGACUGCGCGCAGCCGCACAGAAUGGAUUUCAUGGGGUCGAAAUCAUAGGCACCGAUAUCGACGCUACCGCAGAGAAGCUCCCGGCAGGAUUGACUUAUGACAACAGGCUGCAAGCGGCGAGGAACAUAAGAAAGCAGUGCGAUGAACUCGGGUUGACUGUGAUGGUCCUUCAAUCAUUCCGACACUAUGAGGGGCUGCUUGAUCGUCGGCAGCACGAGGCUAUGCUGGAGAAACUGCGACUAUGGUUCGAUAUUGUUCGAAUCUUGGGGUGCGAUAUGAUUCAAGUGCCGACAACUUGGUUGCAGGAAGGGACGACGGGUGAUGAGGAGACUUUGGUCGCUGAUCUCAGAGAAAUAGCAGACAAAGGCCUUGCAGAGAGUCCUGUAGUCCGACUUGCAUACGAAGGGGUAGCUUGGGGCAGAUAUAUCGACACGUGGGAAGGCACAUGGGAGAUGGCAAAGAAGGUCGACAGACCAAACUUUGGGCUUUGCUUGGACACUUUCCACAUCGCUGGUCGGGUCUGGGGUGAUCCUACCACGCAAACAGGGCGCACUGGCAACGCAGACAGUGCCUUGGAGGCAUCUAUCCAGCGUUUGAUCCGCGAGGUAAAUGUCGAAAAGGUGUUUUAUGUCCAGGCCGGAGACGCGGAGAAGCUGGAUCCACCACUGAGCCAGUCACAUCCUUUCCAUGCAAUUGACCAGCCUGCAAGGAUGAGCUGGUCACGAAAUGCGCGACUGUUCCCCUACGAAGAGGACAGAGGAGGCUAUCUUCCCAUUGAGCCGGUAAUGAAGGCAAUUGUGAAGGGGUUGGGCUAUGACGGAUGGGUUAGCAUGGAGUUGUUCUCGCGUGAGCUAUCGCAGUCUGAUCCCGAGUUGCCGUCGAGGUACGCGGCCAGGGCUUCGGCAUCGUGGAAGAAGAUGAUUGCGGCAUUGAAGCAGUGA